AUGUCUUAUAAUUCUGUUUCGGGUGUUGCGGUUCUUGGUCCAGUAAAUGAUAUUCAAGCUCAAAUACUCACUACUGGGGCUCUCGAAUUUCUUGCAAAACUUCAUAGAGCAUUCAAUCCUACUAGGAAGUCUCUACUUCAACGUCGAGUUCUUCGACAACAGGAAUUAGACCGUGGUGUUCUUCCUGAUUUUUUACCAGAAACUGCUCACAUAAGAGAAGAUGAUACUUGGCGUGGUGCUUAUCCUGCCCCUGGAUUGGUUGACAGGCGUGUUGAAAUCACUGGUCCAGUCGAUAGAAAAAUGGUUAUCAAUGCCUUAAAUUGCGGUUCUUCUACUUAUAUGGCAGAUUUUGAAGAUUCUAAUGCACCAACAUGGGAGAAUAAUCUUGAUGGUCAAGUAAAUUUACGUGAUGCAAUUCGUGGAACCAUAACUUAUACCAAUCCUGCAAAUAACAAGAAAUACUCUUUACGUAAAGAUGGUAAAACUGCUGUCUUGAUCGUACGUCCUCGUGGUUGGCAUUUAGAAGAAAAACAUGUUGUAAUCGAUGGUGCACCUAUAUCCGCUUCAAUUUUUGAUUUUGCUUUAUACUUUUAUCAUAAUGCAAAGAAAUUAAUUGAAUGCGGUGUCGGUCCUUAUUUCUACUUGCCAAAAAUGGAAUCUCAUUUGGAAGCAAG